AUGGGCCGCAUCAAGAAGAAGGGAGAGGCUGGAAACGCCAAAAACUUCAUCAGCCGCAACCAGGCUAUCAAGAAGUUGCAGCUCAGCUUGCCCGACUUUCGAAAGCUCUGCAUCUGGAAGGGCAUCUACCCACGGGAACCGAGAGACAAGAAGAAGGCUGGCAAGUCAUCGACCCCCUCGACCACCUUCUACUACACCAAGGAUAUCCAGUACCUGCUUCAUGAGCCGCUGCUCCAGAAGUUCCGUGACCAGAAGGCUCUCGAGAAGAAGAUCUCACGCGCGCUCGGACGAGGAGAUGUCUCUGACGCCGCUCGUCUCGAGCGCAAUGCGGUCCGCCCAGAGAAGAACGGCAAGCCUCGCUAUACCCUCGACCAUGUCAUACGAGAACGCUAUCCUACUUUCGUUGAUGCAGUGAGAGACCUCGACGACUGCUUGUCAAUGCUGUUCCUUUUCGCCAACCUCCCGUCUACGUCAACCGUACCCGCGAAGAUGAUUGCACGCUGCGAGAAGUUGUGCUUAGAGUUCGAGCACUACCUCAUCGUAUCACACAGCCUGCGAAAGUCAUUCCUGUCGAUCAAAGGUAUAUACUACCAGGCCAACAUUCAAGGCGAGGACGUGCUUUGGUUGGUGCCGUACAAGUUCAAUCAGCGAGUACUGGGAGAUGUCGACUUCCGAAUCAUGGGUACCUUUGUUGAGUUCUACAUGACGCUACUCGGCUUCGUCAACUACAGGCUGUACACGUCGGCCGGUCUGAAGUACCCACCAAAAUUUGACCAGACCAAGGACGAUCAAGGCGGAGAGCUUGGAGCCUUCACGUUGGAAGGAGUCAACAUUACAACAAAUCAGGAGGAGCCGAAGCAACUGACGAAUGGAGAAAGCGAGCACGGUCCAGAUCCCAAGGUGCAGGCUGAGGUCAAUAAAUUGGUGCGAGAAAUGAGGAAUGGCGAGACGAAUGGCGAUGUCAAGAGCACCGAAAACGCGAACGUGGAGAACGAAGAGGAGCCUACAGACGUCAUUGACAAGUUUGAGCCCGCGGUUCCUGGAGGCGACCUCCUCCCGCAGCCUUCCUACAGCGCCAACGAUCCUGCACAACUGUUCUCAAAAUGCACAUUCUACCUUGGGCGCGAGACGCCGCGGCAACCACUUGAGCUUAUUCUGCGUUCUUUUGGCUGCAAGCGUAUAGGCUGGGACUCAGUGUUGGGCGAGGGCGCAUUUACCACGAAUGAGCUCGACCCCGCGAUAACGCACCAGAUCGUCGACAGGCCACUCAUUCAAGCCGCUGUGGAGGCCAAUGGCGACGGAGAGGACAACCAGACCUCCCAGAAGCUUGCUCCUAACCAGAGGGUACCUGGCCGGAUCUAUGUGCAGCCGCAGUGGGUCUGGGACUCAAUCAACGACGAGGAAUUGAAGGACACCAACCUUUAUGCCCCAGGAGCCGAGCUGCCGCCCCAUCUGAGCCCAUUCGUGAAGGCCGUCCAGGGCCAGUACGAUCCUACUCUUGCCCUCGAAGAGCAACAGACUGAGGCGGAGGCUUUGGCGGACAGUGAUGCCGAGGAAAUAGAUGAGGAAGCGACCGGUAUGGACGCCGAUGGCUCAGAUGACGAGGAAGAUACCAAGGACGAUACGUUCGGAGGCUUCUCGGGAGAGGAAGACGCAGACGAGGAGUCUGACGAGGAAGAAUCUGCCGCGGCACAGAGGCAACUAGAACUGGAGGCUGAGCUGACGGGCAAGCCAGUCAAGUCCAAGCAACAAACGCCAAAGGACAAGAAGAAGGCUGAGGCCCGCAAGGCCCUGGAAAAGAAGACCAAGGAGGAGGCUGAGGACCUGGAGAGGGCCAAGGGCAUGCUGAGCAAGAAGAAGAGGAAGCUGUUCGAGCAGAUGCAGUAUACCAACACGAAGAAGAGUGCCGAGGAUGAGAAGCUGCGGUCCAAGAGAAGGAAGAUUGAGAAGCAAAAGGGCAAACGGGCGUAG